AUGAUCCCACCUGCUGGUGUCCAACCUAUGCGACCACUUGACACUGGCUUCACUACUCCAUCAAGAAUUGUCAUACUUCCUACUCCACCACCUGUGCAUCAGGUAAACACUAAUGGGGUUGGGAUAGGCCAUUCAACGUCGAAUCUAUCUAUUUCAACUCCAGCAACUCGUCAAUCAGAUCUUUCAGUUUUUGAAGCUAUUGAGGGUGUAGUGUUAAUGGUUAGCAACAUACCGCAGCGUGUGAAUUGUGAUCACUUAUUUAACCUCUUUUGCCUGUAUGGCAAUGUAGCACGGAUCAAGUUCUUAAAGACCCGUCCUGGUGUCGCCCUAGUUCAGGUCGGGAAUCCAGAAGCAGCAGAUCUUAUACAUCGAUACUUUAACGGAGUGUGCGUUUUUGGGAAGAAUUUACAACUUCAUCACAGUAAGAUCACAGAGCUAAAAGAGCACGAGAAUCUGGGGACCCUAUCGGACGGAUCACCGGUUAUGAAGAAUUAUAUGAUGGAUCCAAACAAUCGAUUUAGAAAUUCAAUGGUGGCAGCAAAAAGUCGGAUUUUGGAACCUUCUCGUACACUUCAUUUCUUCAAUGCUCCACUUAACUCUACACCAGAAGAUAUUUGUAGAAUAUUCACGGAUAGUGGUGCAAUGGCACCACCGCGUGUAGUGAUAUUCACGACUAAAGAAGGCCAAAAGACUUCUCUUGGAUUAGUCGAAUGGGAUACCUUAACCGAAGCACUAGAGGCCUUAAUUCUAGCCAACCAUCGACCAAUUCAUUUAUCCGGAUUUACUCAUCCUUUUCAUUUGAAAAUUGCCUUCAGUCCAAAGCCUAUAUCAGAGGAUAGAGCUGGUAUCUCAUUGAUACGUUAUCCUGCACCACCGCUGACGUCUACUCAAUAUCAUCAUAAUUCAUUGUCCGCUAACGGUCAACGAACUGUAGAGAAGUCGAAUAGUGUUAAUAAUGACGAACCAGAAGAUGAAUUGGAAAUUCUUUCGAAGAUAGAGAAAGCUGAAGGCUGUGAAAACUCUGAAUCAACAAAAACGGCUUCAGAUACCGCAAAAUCCGGUUCAACUAAAUCAUCGAAAGAUGAAGAGUCUAAGGCUGGAUCGAAAGUCACGGAGAAUGGAGAUAAGGCAUGAUAGAUAUAUAGCUUAUAUUUAUAUACAUAUACACGGUUUAUGUUUUAUCUAGGAAAAACGGCU